GAGUGUUUGAAUGGUGUUUUUUAAGGCGAAAGACGUUCCCACCACUGGGACAUGUCAAAGAAUGUGUCCUGGAGCAGAGUGAGGAGAGGAGGAGGAAGACAGCAGAAACUUUUUUCCCCUCAUCUUUGCCUCUGCUGGCGUCCCUUCUGUGGAAGAAUGGGGGCAGGAGCUAUGACCAUCUGUCACAACAAGACGGCAGUGCAGGUCAAAGAGGACAUGAAGAAGAUGGUCCAGAUACCCAUCCUCAGAACCAGAACAGUGGCAGCCAAGCACACCAGGCUGUUUGGAGUGUCCCUGUUUGAGCUGCGAGAGAAGGGCCUGGUGGAGGAUGGAGUCCCUCUGGUGGUGCAGAGGAUGGUGGAGCAUCUUCGCAAACAUGCUCUGCAUCAGGAGGGUCUGUUCAGAGUAAACGGGAACGUCCGAGCUGUGGAGACCCUGAAACAGCGGCUAGAGAGUGGUGAGGAUGUGGACCUUCUCUCUCAGUCGGAUACCAGCACCGUGGCCAGCUUGCUCAAACAGUACCUCAGAGACCUUCCACAGGGUCUGAUAGACUCAACAGUCCAACAAGCACUGAUACAGCACUACCAAGAGUGUGGUGAUGAUGGCUCUUGGUCAGAUAUGAGAGAACUGCUCCAGCAGCUUCCAGACGUCCACCUCAGUCUCCUGCGCUACCUCUGCCACUUCCUCACCCUUGUGGAGAGCAACCACAAGGACAACCGCAUGACUGCGCUGAACCUCGCCACUGUGUUUGGACCCAGUGUCUUCCAUGUGACCCCUGGCUUUGAGGCAAUGAAUGACCAAAAUAUCUGUAACAAGAUCAUGGUCAAACUCAUCCAGAACUACAGCAAUAUCUUUGAGGCGAGCACGGACAAAGACAAAGAAGACCGCACAGAAGAGCAGUCGACGCUUAUCAUUGUCAAGGAGGCGCACGUGACGGAUGCAGAAACAAAGACGUCCACCAGCCAUCUCAAUGCAAAGACACCGACACCAGUUCCCAGGAUGAAAAUUGCACCAGGAAAUGCAGAACAUCUGAACAACUCCUCUGCUGCUACGCCAAAGGCAAAAACAAGGAAAAAGAAGGUGAGGAAAGGGAAGACUGACGGCAUGACUCAGGUUGUUCCACAGCCCGGUCUCUCUGCGGGGCUGCCACACGCGAGGCCUUUCUCCAUACCAAUAGUUUUGCCCCUGACCUCAGCAUUGAGGAGCCCUAGCCAAGAGGCAAUGGAAACGACACCCGGGCAUCACCAAGACACCCCAGACGCUGCCUCGCACUUUGGCCACCUCGAUGUCAGCCUCUCUAGUAGUGUGGAGGGCCUCAGCAGCUCCCAAGACGAAGACAGGCCGAUAUCUCCUUUCUACAUGAGCAACCACCUCUCUCCUGUCCACUGCACACCAGAUGUGGUAAAUUAUCUGGACAAGACCAUACGCUCAGCAGUGCAGCAGCACCUCUUUGACGUAAACCCUUUAGAGGAUCAACACUCAGAGAACUGUGGGUUAACCACAUGUCCUUCAAGCCCAACAGUGACCCUUACUGCGCGACAGAGACGUCGGCACCAUAGAGACCAGCAGGAGGAGGGCCUGAAACUGAGAGAGAGAAACAGAGCUGCGUCCAUCAAGGCAGACACCAACAAGGAGAACAUCCCGUCGAGCGGCGGUAGCAGUUCAGGCAGCAUAGGGGAGGACACGGGCAGCAGCUGGGACUCACGGGGAGGCCAGAGUGGUCACGCUGAGCGAACCCCCAAACCCAGGAAGUCAAAACACAGCCCGACUCUUGUGCAGCUCACCGACAACCAGGCCUCCCACGCAUUUAAGGAAUGUGUUGGUGAACGACAAGGAGAAAACCCCAUGGAGACAUUUCACAAAGGGAUUGACAUUUCAAGAAAAGAUGGCCUUCUUCCAGCUUCACAGACGUUGAGGAUGAAGAUCCAGGAGUCACCCGUCGCUUGUGACACGGGGAGGGUCGGCGGCGGUGAGGUGAAGGGCUCGGACCCGGACUGCGAGAAGACCAGCUGCGAGGACGUUCCCCGGCUGGACCUGACAGCACUGACUGAGGACAACAACUGGGGAGAUUCUCCGUUCUUUAACACCCCUUUCCUUGAUUUCAAAAGCAUUUUCCAUCCAAGUUGUUGUGAUGAACCGGUGCCAGCGUACUCGCUGCAGAGGGAGAGCAUGGACCGCGAGGAAGCUCGGCUGUCCCCUCACGCCGGAGGACGUCUGAUCCGCCAGCUGCUGGAGGAGGACAGCGACCCGAUGGUGUCUCCCCGCUUCUACGCCUACGGACAGUGCCAGCAGUAUCUGGACGACACGGAAGUGCCUCCCUCACCGCCAAACGCGCACUCAUUUGUCAGUCGCAGGCGGAGUUCUUCUCUCGGCUCCUGUGAUGAUGAGAAAGAGGAGCUGACCUCCGCCCAGCUCACAAAGAGGAUUCAUAUACUGAAGAAAAAGAUCCACAAGUUUGAAGAGAGGUUUGAAGAGGAGCGGAAAUACAGGCCCUCCCACAGCGAUAAAGCUGGAAACCCAGAGGUGCUGAGAUGGGUGAAUGAACUGGCCAAGCUCCGUAAAGAGUUAAAAGAACACAAGCUGAUGAAGUCUGAGGAGGACCUGCCGCCUCUGACCCGUCAGCGCAGCAACACGCUGCCCAAAAGCUUCGGCUCUCAGCUGGAGAAGAAACCGCAGCAGGAGAAGGCGCCGAAUCCACCGGUGGAAAGUACGCUGGAGACCAUUUUAAAGAAGCUGCAGGAGAAGAGGGAGGAGGUGAACCGCCCCGAGGACAUCAAGGAUAUGACACGGGAGCAGAUCGGAGGAGAGAAAGUCGCCCUGCAGAAGGCUCUUCUCUACUAUGAGAGCAUACACGGCCGACCAGUGACCAAGAGCGAGAGGCAAAUCAUGAAACCCCUGUACGACAGGUAUCGCCUGGUGAAGCAGAUCCUGUGCAGAGCCUCCACCAUCCCCGUCAUAGGCUCUCCCUCCAGCAAGCGCAGAGGUCCCCUCCUUCAGCCCAUUAUCGAGGGUGAAACCGCACUUUUCUUCGAUGAUAUCAAGGAGGAGGAAGACGGCUCGGAGGACGACGGAGACUCAAAGACCCAGUUCACCGUGACCGUCCGACCCGACCUCGGCGUGAUCGGCUUUCUGGACCACAUGGAGGAGGAAGUGGACGGUUUCAUUUCACCCGUGGACGAACUUUCGCCCUCCAAGAACACGACGGACAUGAGGCUGUCCAACCUGCACUCAGCCACCACGCGGGAACUCAUGGAGCAGCUCCAAGAGACGAGAGAGGAGAAAAAGAGGAUCCGCAAGAACCUGAAAGAGUUUGAGGACCAGUUUUUUAGGCAAAACGGAAGAAAUGUUCAGAAGGAGGACCGCUCCCCGCUGGCAGUGGAGUACAACGAAUACAAGCACGUUAAAGCCAAACUGCGGCUGCUGGAAGUCCUCAUCAGCAAAAGAGACUCGACUAAGUUCAUCUGAGGCUGAGAAUAAAAGACUCUAAAGGACUGGUGUCAGCUACAUAGUCAACCACAUCUCACUCUGUUGGAAAAAAAAACAAAACAAAAAAAAAAAGAUCGGCUUUUCCUUCUUGUUGUCAUCCUCGCUGCUCUGGAAACAGCCCACCUGUAAGCCUGUUAAUCCGUUCUGUCGAGCACAGCAGGGUUUUCCUCCGACGCCCGCAGAGAGCCGCCGGCCCACGACUGAUUCAAGGCGACACGGAGGCGCCCACUUCACCUGAAAUCCUUGUUUCCUCCGGACCUCACCUUCAAAAAAGGACGUUUCUCCAGACAAAGCGACACACGCACAAAUAACCCGAAUCACACCUGUAUUGCUGAUAAUUUAUUUCUAUCCUUUUGAACGUUUUUACCGUAACCGAAAUGUUAUUUUUCUCACGUUUAACCGUAGAAGUCUUAAUAAAAAAAAAGAUAAAAUACAACCAUAGUAAUUAAAAUAAUAGAUAUAAAAUUAUUGCUAUUUUUGAAGAAGGAUUUUGUGAUUAAGAUGUUUGUGUAUUUUUGUAAGGGAGACGUUACUAUUUGUAUCAGUAUUCACUUAAUGAACAGCUUUCUCUUAUUUCAGUUCUGACCAUCGUAUAGUGUCUGAAAAUAAUCUUCUCUAGAAGUCAAAUCAAGCACUUGCUCACUAAAAGAAGUGUUUUUUUUUUCUCGUGCACUACAACCCAAAGACAGCAGCUCAGAGUACAAACAGCGAACCAAAAUGUUCAUCUCAUUCAAACAAACAGCCUCCUUUUGUGACCACUGGUACUUAGUUCAGCAUUUGACUGUAUGUUGUAUGCGUCGACAUGCUUUUUCCCACAUUCACUUCACGUCAAAUAAGCUAUUCUCGUCUUUAAAUCACUGGUAUGUGUUUGCUCACACUGAUUAACACUGACAAGGCCAUUAGUGGGACAGAAAUGGUCGCUAAAAGCCGCAGUGUUCCCAGCGGUGUGCGUUUCCUCCUCCUUUGUUCUCUUGUAAAUAUGGAUCACUGUAUGUUUACAUUUCUGUGAGCGAGUACUCUUUCCUUUCUUUCUCCAAAAUGGAUGAUUAUCAGUGUGAAUUUUGUUUUUACUGAAUGUAAACACUGGCCAGGCUUAAUGAAUUUUGAGUGUGUACAUUUUAGUACAUAAAUUGUAUUUUGUAUAUAACAUGAAUGAAAUCAUAUUUUUACUGACA